UUCUUCCCUCGUUUGUCUGCAGAUAUAACAAAGUUUCAGAAGCAAAACCAAAGUACAAACCUUUGCUUGCUGAAAACGACAACCAUUGUUCUUCUAUAGUCUGUGCUCGUUUUCUUCCCGGUUUUAGCUAAAAAUGUCAAAGACUCCGGAUCCAAACAGUACAGGUGCUAGCGGUAGCGCCGGCGGUGACAAGUCCGCCGGAGAAGAGGCUACCAUUAAGGUUCCCUCCAAGGACCCAAAGAAGAAGGAUGAUAAGAAAGACGAAGAUCUCUCGGAGGAGGAUUUGGCAUUGAAGCAGCAAUUGGAACUGUAUGUGGAGAGAGUUCAAGACACUGAUCCAGGGCUACAGAAGGUUGCCCUUGAGAGCAUGAGACAGGAAAUUCGUACAUCAACAAGCUCGAUGACAUCAGUUCCAAAACCAUUAAAGUUCUUGCGUCCCCACUAUGGAACACUAAAGGGAUAUUAUGAGAAAAUGCCAGACUCGGAUAUGAAGAAACUUCUGGCAGAUAUACUUUCUGUUUUGGCAUUGACAAUGUCUGCUGAAGGAGAAAGGGAGAGCUUGAAGUAUAGACUGUUGGGUUCUCAAGGCGAUAUUGGUUCCUGGGGACAUGAAUACGUUAGGAACUUGGCUGGAGAAAUUUCACAAGAGUAUGCAAAACGGCAGGGUGAAGAAGGCCCAAUUGAUGAUCUAAUGGAGCUUGUGCAACAAAUUGUUGCUUUUCACAUGAAGCAUAAUGCUGAACCUGAGGCUGUCGAUCUUUUAAUGGAGGUGGAAGAUCUUGAUCUUUUAGUCGAGCAUGUUGAUAGUACAAAUUACAAAAGGACAUGCUCCUAUCUCACCAGUUCGGCAAAAUACCUUCCUGGACCUGAUGACAUGUUGGUUCUUGAUAUUGCAUACACUAUCUAUAUGAAAUUUGAGGAGUAUCCAAGUGCGCUAGUGACUGCACUAUACCUGUAUAACAUGCAGUAUGUAAAGCAAGUUUUUACAUCGUGUGAUGAUCUUUUGCGGAAGAAGCAGUUCUGUUACAUUCUUGCUCGCCAUGGUCAGACAUUUGAGCUUGAUGAAGAGAUGUGUGCAGAAGAUGAAGAAAGAGAAGGAUUACAGGAGAUUAUUAACAAUGCUAAAUUAAGUGAAGGCUAUCUGACACUUGCUCGUGAUAUUGAGGUCAUGGAACCAAAAACCCCUGAUGACAUAUACAAGCCACAUUUGCUUGAUGGCCGGGCUAGUGCGGGGGCAAGUGUAGAUUCAGCAAGACAAAAUUUGGCCUCUACAUUUGUCAAU